UUUUUCGUUUUCCACGUCGAAAGCCUCGGCUUUCUCGUUGUACACGUAUAUACGCGUGCACUGUGUAACGAACGCAAGUGAUAAAGUAUAAAAAUUGCGCUCUCGAGAUUUCGACUCGAUGGUGCGUGCAGGCUGAUAUGUGUGCGCGGAUCAUCGUCAUCAUCAGGCGCGAGUGAGACAAAAAGAGGUUACAGGCGGUCGAGGCAGUGGUAUAUACACGCUUGUCUACUCGAUCUCUCUCUCUCUCUCUCUCGAGCCAAGAGAGAGAGAGGAAAAAAAGAGAAGACCCGAGAGAGCCAGGAACGCAGUAGUAGUACACCAGCAGCAGCGGCCGGAAAAAGAAGAGAGCCUGGCCGCUCGGCUGCAACGGUAUCUCCUCCGUGGCUCUGCUCUUUCUCGCUCGGCACAUCUGUCUUUAGCCGAGGAGGGAUCCCAAGUUGGAGCCGAAACUUUGCGUGCUCGUUGGUUAUUUUUUUUUUUUUUCCUCGUUAAACGUGCAAAAGAAAAAAGGAAAAACAAGUGGCCUUGAAAUAGUGGUGCAGGUGUCGCGUUCGCAAGCACAACCGAAAAUCGGAGUUUUUGGAGCAACAAAACGUGGUGAAAAGUGCCCAAGUGAUUGUUUGGUUUGUUCGAUUUUUUUUUUCCUCCCACCCGAUCGAGAGAAAAAAAGUAAAAGAAAGUUCGUUCAGUGUGCCGAUAAUCAGUGAAUCGAAAAAGAUCGGUACCCUUAGCUACCCGCCGUUGUUCGCGCUACAUACACGAGUACGUACGUGAUGUAAAAAAAAAAGUGUGUCGGGCUUACAUUUGCAUACGCAAGCGUAAUAGUUUUACUAAUAUACCCGUAGUAAUUGUCCAAACAAACAAGCAAAAGUGAUAAAUAAAGAGAAAAUUAAAAAAAAAACACACGUGCAUCGUACACAUGUGUACGAGGAAGCAUCGGAGUGUGCAUCAAGAGCAGUGCAAGGAAGCGGUGGUGCUUGUAGUGGGCACAAUAGAAUACGACGAAAAAGAGGAGGAGCCGAUGCAUGAGGGCUUAGCAGCAAAAGCACGCCGAGGACGUCGACGACGACGUCGCGCUAUCAUGUUAACGGUGGAAUUCCGCUCGAGAGGAAUCUGAAGGCGGGGAUUCUGACGUCACUCCGCUCAUGAGAGCGCAGUGAAAUAUGCCAAGGAGACGAAAUGGGGAGAUACCGCUUCCGGAAGGGUGGGACGUCGCGCAGGACUACGACGGAAAGGUGUACUUCAUCGACCACAACACGAGGAAGACGACGUGGAUCGAUCCUCGUGACAGAUUUACCAAGCCCCAGACGUUCGCGGACUGCAUCGGCAACGAGCUUCCACUCGGUUGGGAGGAGGCCUACGACAAACACGUGGGCGCCUACUACAUCAAUCAUGUUAACCAAACGACACAGCUUGAGGAUCCUAGGCAAGAAUGGCGCGCCAUUCAGGAAGCCAUGCUCCGCGAGUAUCUGCAGACCGCACAGGACGCACUCGAGGCGAAAAAAGAGAUCUACGAUGUCAAGCAGCAGAGAUUGUGCCUAGCUCAGGACGAGUACAAUCACCUGAACAAUGCCCUCAGCACGCUCGGCGCCUCCCGCACCAGCUUGUGCUCGAGCACGAGUUCCCUCAGCACGAAAUACGAUCCGGAUCUGCUCAAGUGCGACGUGGCGCUGGCGAGGAAGCGGGUCUCGCGGCUCAAGCGCGAACUCGAGCAGAUUCGCGCGGAGAUGAACUGUACGCAGCGCGGCGUCGAUACCCUGGCGAGCGUGGAGCAAAAGCUGAGCUCGCACCACGCGGGCUGCUACAACAUAACCGAGGCCCAGGCGAUAAUGACUGAGUUGCGGAACAUCCAAAAGAGCCUGAGCUCGGGCGAGAAGGAAAAAGCCGAGUUGAUGCAGUCGCUGGCCCAGUUGAAGGACGAGCUGACGAGGCUCCAACUGUGCGAGGGCAGCCCCGACGCGUCGACCCUCAGCCUGCCCCAGGAAAAGCUGAGCACGGCCUCGCAGACGGACCUAUCGGGCGAGCUCAUGCCCAUUGGCACGAGGCUCGCCGAGAUGGCCAGGAUGAGGCUCCAGUACGACGAGGCCAGAAAGAGGAUCCAGCACAUACAGCAACAGCUGGCUGAUCUCGAGGAAAAGGUGAUACCGGGCCAAACGGAGAGCGACAAGGACAAACUGCUGCUGUUCCAGGAGAAGGAGCAGUUGUUGCGCGAGUUGCGCAGCAUCACGCCCCACACGCGCACCCAGCAGGACAUGAAGAAGAUCCAGUGCGAGAUACGCAGACUCGAGGAGGAUCUCAACAACGCGUUCGAGCUCUCGAACAAGACCAUCACCGAUCGCGUGCGCCUCCACGAGGAGAAGCAGCUGCUCCUCCAACAGCUCAAGGACGCCCUCAGAUCUAUGGCUAUGCUGGAGGGCCAGUUGAAGAGCUUGUCGGCGAGUACGUUGUCGGUGAGCAGUAGCUCGUCUCUCGGUAGCCUGAGCACGACGAGCAGCAAGGGCUCCUUGAGCUCGGGCCUGAGCUUCACCGACAUUUACGGUGGGCCCCAGUGCAUGGGUGGCAGUAGUAGUAGCAGCAGCCAGCAGGAGAGGCCCGUCGACAUGCUCGACCUGCACAGGCGGGUCGAGAGACUGUUGAACAAGGGUAGCGAGCAAAACCUCGCCUCGAGCGGCCACACCGUGGCGACCGGUACUGGUGGCAGUGGCGCCAGCGCUGGUGGCAACAACGUCACGGUCAACAACAUCAACAGCGUUGCCAGUGUCAACAGCAGCGCGUUGCCAAACAAUUUGGGCACCCCCUCGCCCGGUAGGUCGCAGCCGAGCUUGUCGCCCAGGUCCAGUCUGUCGAGCGUCUCGCCACCCGUGUCGCCCCUCUACGAGAACGCACCGUUUUUCGGGAAAUCGUUGCAGGUCGGACCACCCCCGGCUUACGAGCAGAUCGAGCUGCAGCGACGACAACAGCAGCGAAUCUUGUCGGCCACGUCCUCGUCGCACCUCGACAGGACCCAGCUGGAGGACAAGCUGGCCGAGCUGAGGCUCAGCCAGCAGACGAUACAGGAGCAGUACUGUCCGAACGCCGAGCAGCACGCUCAUACUCAGAACCAUCAGCAUCAUCAGCAUCACCAGGGUCACCAUCAUCACCAGCAAAAUCAGCAUCAGCUGCCGAAGCACAGUCCACAGACGCCCAUGGAUCUACAAUCGUGUAACAUGUCCCAGGGCAGCGGCCUUGGCAGGCCGGCUCUUACUGGAAUGACGCAAGAGCCGCCCCUGUCGCCGAUAAGCGAGACGCCGCCACCGAUGGGCAUCCGGUCUCGCGCGAGCUCGUCGGGCACGAAUACGCGCUCCGUGUCCGCAGCCGUGUCGGACGAGAGCGUGGCUGGUGACUCUGGAGUUUUCGAGGCAUCCAACAGGCGAAAGUUGUCGGGUAUCAUCAACCAGGAGAACCACAACACUGGCGACGCGAAUCUCGAGACUGCUCAGGUUCAGAUCAAGUUGAGGUACUCGGUCAGCGACGGGCUCCUCCACAUCGGCGUCGAGCGUGCCAGAAACCUCGCGGCCCUCUUCAUUCCCGACAACAUGCAAGUAUACAUAAAAGCAGCUUUGCUGCCGAUGCAUCCGACAAUGAACCACUUGUGCUGUACGAAGAAGGUGUCGGAUUUGCGCAAGCCAACGUUCGGCGAAACAUUCCCCAUUGCCGUGCCGCUCAACAAAAUUUACACCAAAACGCUCCAAGUCAACGUCUGGUGUGUCGGCGCAGGGGGGUCUGAGGAGUGCUUGGGUUCAGCCCAAGUCUCGCUGGCAGACUUUAGUCCCGAGAGCCCGAGCGUCAAGUGGUACAACAUCUUGUCGCUUCGCUUCAUGCAUCCCUCGAACAGCUCGUCCAACAACAGCACGGCUUCGACCAACGAGACCGGCGUCGAGGGCUCGCGCUCCUCGCAACAGUCACUGCUCUCCAGUUCGCAGCAGCAGCUCGUUCUUCCGAACAAGCACGACAAACAAGAGUCCGACGUCUCGAUGUACCGGUGCAACUCCGUGCCCAGCGGUAACACAAGCAGCAACAACAGCAGCAGCAGUAGUGGUGCCCAAAACGCCAAGGAGGAGAGCAGCGACGAGAGCACCAUCAUCAGCUCCCAGACCUCGACUCUCACGCGCAACCAGCACAGUUGCGAUGAGCUUCAGACCGCCGUGUCGCUGAGGUUGGAGGAGUUGGCCAGCUGUUUGAAGAGUCCCGAAGAGGAGGACGAGGAGGACGGCGACAGCGAUAGCGCGAGUGGCGAUAGCGAAGACAGUGACGAGGAGGGCAUCAUCGUCGAGUUCAUGGUGGAGGAGAACGUGCUCGAGGACGUGCUCGAACACGAGGAGGACGAAGAGCUAGCGGAAGAACAAGAGACAGCGGCGGCAACGAUGUUGGCAAAAAAUCCAACUCUGGACAAAGAGACGAACACGGAAUGCAUCUUUAUUCCGGAGCAGGGCAAGCAGAGGCGACUGUCGGCUGCUGGCGUCGUCCCGGGCGCUGUGCAUGACGACAAAAACUCGAUAGUCAUCAAGAGGAGCCAAACCUUCUCACCCAGCGCGGCCGUCAGUAGGAACCAUUACAUCUGCCGUCUGAAUCGAAGCGACAGCGACAGUAGCAUGCCGCUCUACAGACGCGGUGGUCCGUUUCAACGCAACUCGGUGGAGCGUCGGUCUUUACGCUGGCGUCGCCCAUCGUCGGCACUAAGCUGCGGCAAGCCCUCCAUCUCCAAGUCCAAGUCCUCGUCGCACUUCCCGCAAACGGCGCGCACCUCGCUCGACCUCGAGCUCGACCUGCAGGCUCAGCACGCUCGGCUCACCAAUCUACACGACGAGCUCGACAGGCUUCGCGAGCUCAAGCAGAGGCUCGAGCAGGCGCGAGAACGCGGCGACGCCGACAUGGCCAGCUGGCUGCUCGAGGACGACAAGUUCCAGGUGCUGAUGCAGCAAGCCGAGAUCGGAAAGAACGGCAAGAGCGUCGAGGACAAGAAGGUCGAGAAGAUGCUCCGAAAGACCAGCAAGGAGAUCUACAAGCUGAGAAAGACCAAAGCCGGCAAGGGCAAGCCCGACAUCAUCUCGUUCAAGGAAAAAAUGGCCUUUUUCACGCGGGUCAAUCUGAACAUACCAGUGCUGCCACCCGAUGAGCCGCCAAUGGAUAAGUUGUCCCCGCUCAACCACGACCAUCGCAGGUACGCGUCCGAGCCGUGCAGGACGACAAGCAAGAGCACCAGCACCUCAACGCACAAUCACGCGAGUAAAAAGUCAAGUGGUGGCACGUCGUCGACAACGAUGACGACGACGACGUCGAACACGACCAUCAUAACGAUCAACUCGGCGUCCACCGGUGCUGGGGAUCGAAACAGCAAAGUCCUGGGGGACACCGUGAUCACGGAAAACGACGUGCAGUCGAAAGAUGCUGGUCAAAAGACGGAGGAAGACGACGAGGAGGGUGAACCCAAGCGGUACGAGUACGUCGUCGACAGGGUACUCGGCGUCGAGGUGUGAAGGGACUCUCGGUCGAGAAUAUUUUUUUUGGUCUUCAGAUGGAAGGUCGUGCCCGCUCGAUGGCACGAGCGGUCGACACGACUGACUCUCUCGUUUUCUUUCCCCGAGGAAACUCACGCUUGUUGCUGGUAGUAGAAAAGCUACGACGAAACGUAAGUUUGGAUUUUAAAGAUGGUUAAACGCGAAAAAAUCUUAUACUGGACAUAUAAGAUGAUGCUGUGUAUAUUGCCCUUCGUUUACACUGUUGUUGGAUUUGAAAGAUUUUUAACUCCGACUUUGGGUGAGUAGCGAUGCGGUACUCAUUUGCGGUAACACAUGAACUCGCGGUACUUGUACAGUAUCAAAUCGAGAUAAUAAAAUUUUAUAUAUAUAUUUCAAACGGUAACGUGACCAAGUCGUUCAGAGAGGGAUCGAGUUUUGAAAGUGACGGUUACGUUGAAUUGUCAAAUUCACUUGUCUGUUUUUUCAUAGAAAAAAGCAUGUAGUACGGACUAAGAAAAAGAAAAUUAAUUUAAAACUCCAGCAUCUCACGUACUUGUUGCCUUACCGUUUCGCGACUACGCAGAUCUAUUUCAUUCGAAUAAAAAUGAAGUAUCACUUUAGAAAAAGCGCGUGUAUAGUAAAAAAAAAAAAAAAAAAAAAAAAAAAAAAAAAAAAAAAAUACGGUGUCUCGUAGAUGACACGCAAGGGAAGGUAUCCUCGCUAAUAAUCGCUUUUCUAACUCUGCUUCGCGAUCGAAUUGCGCGAAUUGUAAAAAAAAGCCUUAACGAAGAAAUGACUCGUCAUGAAAUGAGACUCGAUACAAGGGAGUUCGGCACAUGCUUUUUUUAUUAUUUCUUGUAAAUGUAAUGCGAAACAAUAAAUAACUCAAGACUAUAGUUUUAACAUUGUUAACUGUGAUCUUCUCCUUAUUUUUUCUUUCGUUAAUUUAUGUGUAAUAAAAAUUCAUUGAAAAGAGAAAACAAUACGUACGAGUGACGAAAAUUCGUUGAAACACAGUCUUGGUUAAUUAUUGUUCCGCCAAGUCUCGUAAUAACAGGUGCCAUGUAGGACACGACAUUGUUUUAAAUAAUCCGAAUCGCGUCGUACGUCGUGAAUUUCGAGUUCAACGCUGGCAUAAGAUACGGUUAAUUGACAUGAUGAAUUGUUUAUUUUAAAAACUUGGGCGGGUGGGGGUACGAAAAAUAUUGAAAUACAGGGUUUGAAGCCCACCGAGCAGCUGGUCUGCCUUAAAAACGAUGUGAUUCUGCUAAGAAUCCACGUCAAACGUACUGAAAAAAAGCAUACCCUUACGAGACUGAUUCUUUUCUGCUUUUGUGAAUUAAAGAUCAACGGAUCAGUCUUGAUUUCUAUAUUUACGAAAGCUUUACAUUAAGUGUCUUAAAUGUGCCUUUAAGUGUGAAAACAAAAGUUCAAAUAAUUGCUGCGCUAACUUUAUCGAAAAGUUUAGCGCUGAGAGCAUCAAAAUUAUAAGUAUCUUGAAUUUUCGCAGGGAUUAAAAUACGAAUCGUAACGUAUUUUGUUAUUGCUAAAAUUUUGUAAAAUUGUUGUGAAAUUGUUAUUAAAUUUUGUUAAAAAAUCUUAUAUUGAUGAAAUCGUUGAAAAGUAAUGAAAAUUAAAAAUGUUGCGAAAUGACGACGCACAGCGUUUGAUCUCACCGAAGGAAUGUGCCUUAAAUUCUUUAAAAAAAAUAAAUAAACAAAUGCCAUUCAUCUGACGUGCGUGAGAUUGUGAAAUACACAUAAACGAGCAUAGCAAAAAAAAAAAAAAAAGAAAAGAAAAUGUUAAUAAUCGAGUUUCGUCGACGAGAGCACCUCUUAUAGGUUCUAUAGUUAUUAAUAAAUGCAUAUUUAAAUAGAGGAAUUUUGGAGAUGGAGAGAAAUCGUCCUUUUUCUCCCGCACUAGGGAUAUGUGUAUAUGUAACGUAGCGAUGUCGGAAUUCGCCUUGGAGAUCCUCGUUUGGCUCGCAAAAAAAUUUAUGUACAGUAGCGAAUCGAGGAUCGCUUAUACAUUAUUAAACCAGAAAAAAAUAAAACUUGUGGGACAGGGAAUGCUUUAAACGAAAAUUGCAUUAAGACAAAAGGGGAUUUAGUUUUAAAUAAAACAAAUGUAUCGUAAGAAUAUAACUGCAGAAUCUGCAACUUUUAAAUUUGUACAUACGUCUAUUAACCUUGACCAUAUGUUAAAUAAACUAUACGUUACGUAUAUAAAUGUCUAUAUAUUAUGAAAAUAAAAAUAUUGUAACUUGCGCGGGUGUAUGUACAUGUAUGUAUUAUAUGUAACAAAUAUAAAGAAAGAAGAAAAAAAAAAUUGUAGAACAACGAGGUGAAAUUAACUAAGAGAGAAAAUGAUUCAACUGUUGCUUUAAACGCAAAUAUAAAUAUUGCAACAAUCGUGGAGAUACCUGGUUGCGUUUAUUGUCUUGUUUAUAUUUAUUAUUAAUGAAAGGUAAAAAAAAAAAAAUAAAAAAAAUAUUAACGACAUGUUCGAAAGAGAUGUAAGGACGUGGCGCAGCGUCCGCGCUAUAACUUCAAUCAUUACGAUAAUUAUUAUUAUCAUAAUUCUAAUACAUUUAAUUUUUAUUACCUAUUACAAUUAUUAUAAUUAUUUUCAUUAACAUGUUAUUAUUUUCAUUAUUGCUAUUAGUUAAUAUAAACUAUCUCGUGUAGCGUAAAAUAAAUAAGCAAACAACAACAAUAAAUUGCUCUGUAACGAAACAAAUAUUACAACAGUAAUGAUAAUGAUUCCAUAAUUGAGUAAUUGCAAAUACCCUACUUGCUUUGUAAGUAAUGGUUCCGUAAUGAUGACAAUUAAAAGAAUAUACUAUGAAU